UACAAGUAUUAUACAUACUCUGUAUCAUCAAUUUUAAAAAUUUUAUUAAACCAUUACAUUAAGAAAUAAACAUGUCCUUUCAUAUUACAUUAAUUCACUCAUUACAAACGGAGUGGUAGUAAAAAAAACAUGGAAAACGAAACGCUAAAAUCCGUUACGUUUCCCAAAAAAUAUACAGCACUUGAAUAAGUAAAAAUAGAAAGGAUUUCAAACUAAUCCGAACCUUCAACUGGAGCAACAAUGGCGGCACUUCCUACUGAGAUAAUCACCGAAAUCCUCUCACGAUUGCCUGUUAAAUCACUUCUCCGCUUCAAAUGCGUCUGCAAAUCCUGGAAUUCCUUGAUCAAAUCCCCCAAUUUCAUCAAACUCCACCUCAAUCAAACCCUAAUUUCAAAUUCCGAUCAUCAUGUACUCAGAUGGUCAGAAUGCUCCUCACUUCAUUCCGCCGAAAUUGACCUCAAUCUCCACCAUAACCACCUCUAUUUCUCUGAGCUCAACCACCCUCUUGAAACCCAGAAACUCUACUUGUUUGGCUCUUGCAACGGCGUCGUUUGCAUCUCCGAUCCCUCCAAAAACGAUGUCUUCUUAUACAAUCCUCUUACCAACUCACACCGCAAGCUUCCCGCCGAUCGAACAACUCCAAAUCUUAUCCAUGAAGCUGUAUUGUUUGGGUUUGGGUACGACAGUAAGAACGACGAUUACAAGGUUUUGAAGAUUGUUCAGGGGUUGAAAUUUGAGGGAUCUUUUAACAAUGAAGCGAAAUUGUAUAGUCUGAACAAUCAUUCAUGGAAAUGUGUUGAAGGUAUACCGUACUAUGUCCUCUAUGGUGAUCGUCAUGGUGUUUAUUUUAAUGAGGUUAUACAUUUUAUGGUGAAUUAUAUGGAGUCGGAUUCCAAGUCGUGUAAGUUCAUUGCUAGUUUCGAUCUUCGAACCGAGAGUUUCGAGCUUAUGGACUUCCCUAGCUAUGAUGAUAAGUUGAGGAAUCCUUUGGAGUAUUUAGAGUUGUACUUGAAACAAUUGGGUGGUUGUUUGUGUUUAGUUGUGAAUUAUGAUACUGAUAAUUAUGCUCAUAUGUUUCCUCCAGGUGUUGAGUUAGGUAAUCAAAUACUAUAUCGCACUGAUUUAUGGGUAAUGAAAGAGUUUGGUAACAAAGAGUCUUGGGUUAAGUUGUUUAGUAUUUGCGAGAUGAACAUUAUUCAAAGUUGUCUAUGUCUUAGGCCUGUUGUCUACUCCAAAGACGGGCGAAGAAUUUUGAUGGAGAAAGACUAUUCUGAGUUUGCCUGGUAUGAUCUUGAGUCCAAAGAAGUUACGGAAACCGUAUCCCAUGGCCUGCCAAAUAAGUUUUUCGAUGCUGGAUUUUUCGUGGGCAGCCUUGUUUUGCUUCAAGAUAAGCAGCAUUUAAAGAGGGAGUCCUUGCCAGUAAAGAGCAAAAGGAGUAAUGAUUCAGAUAACUUUCUUUCUGCGGGUUUCAAGCUGAAGCUAUGAGCCUAUCACCUAACUGAAGAUGGGAGCUCAAGGACUAUGAUUGACCCAUGGCCGAGGGCCUGAUCAAGGUGGCCAUUGGAGCACUGGCUACGUAGUGAUUCCAUAGGAGAGAAAAGACAGGGUAGUAGUUUGGUUUUUUUUCUUUUUUUUUGAUGGCUACUGUGGGUAAAUCUUUUCUACUGUAAGCCAUGCUAACUUACAAAUAGUACAGUAGUUUAUGAACUUCUCGUAGUUUCUUGUGUUAAAUCUAGUUAUUUGAGUUAAAUCCUGUCUGUAGUUUUAUAGCAACAUUGAGUUUGAUGGAAACUUGUGUGCAGCAUUCAGUGGAAUGGUGUAGAAUUGAGCUUGAAAAGCAGUAUACAGCAAUUAUUCCUGGAUGGCUGGAUGUAAGGAGUUUAUGCUCUAUUUCUCAUAGAUAAGCUAGAAACAUAACCAAAAUUCACAAUAUUUUGUAUUUCAGUCUAAAUAAGUUGAUAGUUGAGUUGUCUAUACUCU